AUGGCGAGCAGCUCUUCCAGCGAGAGGGACAAGAAGGGGAAGAAGGAGAAGAAGGAGAAGAAGGAAAAGAAGGAGAAGAAGGAGAAGAAGGAAAAGAAAGCAAAGAAGUCAAAGAAGAAGGAUCCCGAGAAAGAAAGGAAGCGUGCAGAGCGGGCGGAGUCUUGGAACUGUGAGAGAGGCGACGCGGUUCGACAGAUCGGCACCUUAUUGGAGCUGGACGCUUCAGUGGAAGAAGAGCUGGUGGGGGUUUUUGAGGCCAUUGAUGAAGGGGAGCUUGUGCGGAUUGACGGCCUGCAGAACAAGCAGGCACGGAAGAAGCUGCGGCACCUGCUGCAAGCCUUUCGUCUCACGCAGGAGGAGAACGGUUAUGCCUACCGAAGCUCAGAGCUGAAGGUGUCCUUUUUCUCCAUCUUUCAGGAGUGCCUCACGCGCGCCAAGGAGCACUUCGCGGCCAAGCCUGUGGAAGUCGAGCCAGAGCCAGAGGAACCAGAGCCCGUGGUGGAGGCGUACGAUCCCAGGGCCGGCUACUCCGGCGAGACCGAGGAGCCAGAGCCAGCGGAGCCGGAGGUGCGGCGGCAGGGCCCGCAGCUGCCAGGGGCUACUGUGGGCGCUGCGGCCGAGGAGUCUGGCUCCGAGUCGGGGGAGGAGCGGGGGCCCCGCGGUGAGGGCGAGGAGCGUGCGGGAGUGGACCUGAGGUACGUGGACCCUGUCAAGACGGACAGGGAGGAAUGGAUGACCAUGGCGCCGGGCAGCAUGGCUGGCCUCUUCAUGGACGGUAAUGGCAUGGUCCGCAAGCGGAAGGCGGACGUCUUUGCAGUGCAGCGCAGCAAAGAGGAGCAGGAGGCUUUUGAGAAGGCCUUCAAGCAACGGGGGCCUUCUCUGCUGUCUCAGCAGCAAGAGGGCAACUUUUCAGAUGCCAAAGAGGCGCAGGACAGCGCCCGGAAGGUGAAGAUUGGAACGAGCGCAAUCUGGGGCAUGUCUGAGAAGGAACAGGAGAGGCAAGCUGUCAAGGGGGGCGCGUCACUGGCAGCCAAUCGCAAGGCCUUUGACCCGGAGAAGGACCUGGUGGUUACAAAGCCCAUGACUUCUGAUGAGUUCAGCAAGCUGGUGGAGAACUCCCAGACUGGGCUAUCAGGACGCUUCAGUCGCGGAGGUGUUUCCUCGUCCUUCUUGUGA